AUGUGGUUGGUUGCAAAAAACAGUUCCCUGCUGUCACCUGAUCUGACACUGAUCAUUUUGCCUAUUUCCUUAAGAAAUUUAAGGGUGUUGGGGUCCAUCGGGCCGAGAACCUCGAUGCAUAUUGGCAAGAAUUCCAUCGAGGGGAGGGCAUUCCCAUAUUUUUUCAUUUUCUCGUCCGCUGCCCUGGCCGCGGCCAAACCGCAUUCUUUACUUGUCAGAAGAUGUGUUGUCAGAGUUGUCUUUGGCAUAUCUUCAUCAAGAAUGGUGAAGUCAGUAAUAGUGAAAAUAAUGAUGACAAAGAUGGAAAUCGUUAUUCUGAGAAGCGGAAAACAAAACGAAAGACUUAAAAAGUCUCAAAGUUUAGCUGGAGGGUAUUGUGUUGAUGAUGAAGAUGUAGGCGAUGAGAAUGAUGACGUCAUUUUUGCGGGCAGUACGUGCAGUGACGUCGUACAUUCUAAUGUUCAUUUCACUAGAAAUAAUGCAAGAGCGUCAUUUCCGACAAGGAACUCCUUCCCUAAAACCCCAACGACCUCUUCAGCGAAACUCAAAUCCAACGCUGAUAUUAAAAACAGCAAAAAGACCAUCAAAUCUGCCCCUCCUGCUCCCUCCUCGUCAUCGUCGAAACGGCAUGCGAAUCAAGCUGCUGGUCUACCUCAUAUGAGUUUCAAUACCAGCGCUCACAAACAUCUCGAGCAUUUUUCUAAACAGCUUGAAGCAAGUAGGAAGCAGCAGUCGCUGAUGUCCAGGAGCUACGUGGAGAGUAGAAAGUCGCCAGCCAGGAGUUCACACAGUAACGGAUCGGCAAAGAGAACCUCGCAAGCAAGCACCAAGGACAAUAGUGCGUUGUGUAAGAUCAACAAUGAAUUGGAAGGGACUGCCUACCUCAUCAAAAAGAUGUUAAACGACAUUCCAUCGACCAUUGACAAUGACGAUGAGGAUGAAGCCGGUGCAAAUUCAAGUUUGGGAUUGAAGAAUGAGAGGAUGAGGAUUGAUGAAGUGUUUGGCAUUGCGUACAAGUUGCCUGUGAUUGGCGACGUAGAUGGUGAUUGUGCUGCAGUGGUUCCUCGUAGACUUGGGGCGUUUGUUGGAGGAGAUGGGGACAAUAAUGAGGGGAGCAAUAAAAAUAUUGCCGCCAAGAAAUCUCAGCAAGGUCGUCAGCAGGACGAAACCAGUAAGGAGCAUCAUCACAAGUCAGAAAAUGAAACAUCUCUUGAGAAUAGCUUCGACCAGUAUGACGAAUAUGAUGACAAUGAAGAGGCUUCAGAUGUGGCAAGUUCUAUGCCUCGAGAUGACUCGUUUGAUAGACUGAUGAACGAAACGUCAUCUCGAUUGAACGCUCUCAUUGACGCCACAUCUAAGGUCAUCAAUGAUUCUGGGUUUGCCUCCUCGUUCAAUAUCAAACCUUCAACAACAACUUCCGGUGUAGCUAGAAUGAGUUCCUCCAUUGACCCGACUUGUGCAAAUACACAGGCGCACACAAAGCUACAAACUACACUUCCAACGAAUGGUAAGUUAUCUUUUAAUGAAAGCAAAAAUGCUGAUAGCAGUGAAAAAGCUGGAGAGUCAGAAUUUUUUGUGGUGUCAUUUGAUACUCCUUCCACAAGAAAGGUAAAGAGUGCUUGCUCAUCUCGUGGGGCUGCCUUAAAAUUAGUGGAAAAGUUUAAAAAUAAGGAUGAUGACAUUGAGGAUGGUGAUGCUAACGAAGGUGAUACUGUAGUUAAGAAGAAGUUGAAUAAAUGUAAAACAGCUGACAGCAAUACACUGAGUGACGUCAGUGACAGCAAUUCUUUAACGUCUUCCAAUGCAACAACUAUCACUUCCAGCAAACUAAUUGGAGGUCGCAAGUUUGUUCCUCCAAUUGCAAAAUCACUCUCCAACAUCACCAGUGCAGUGAACAGCACCUGCAAGCCGUCAACAACCAAGGAAAGUACCACAUUCAUUCGAGACAUUUCUCUGAUCAGAGAUGUGGUCGAAGGUAGUGGUGGCAUCGAUCUGAGGAAGGUCAAGCCCGCAAUUGUCAAGGUCACUUCCGUGAAAACGAAUCGUAACAGAAAUGCGAAGAUGUCUUCGCCUGCCUUGAACACUUCCAAACGAGAUGAAUAUCGUAAUUAUAAUGACGAUGAAGAUAAGUAUAGCAGUGAUUAUGAUGACGAUAGUUGCAGGUCGCCGAGACACCCAUCGAGGUCUCGUAGUGUUGGUCACGGAGAUGACAAGUUGACAUCUGACCGCACCACUAACACCAACACAUUCACCAAAGCCAAAUUCACUGCCAGCAAAAAUUUGCCAUUCACAGCUGGUAGCAAGAGUCAAGGUAAUAAAGUUGGCAGCAGCACUUCACAGCAGCAAGCACAGAGCAGAAACAGUGGCGGUGCAAAUACAAAGUACGCCAUGAAAGGCAUGCCGAGCGGUCCCACGUCUCCUGUUAGUGACGUGCCACAAAGAAGAUUCAGCUCAUCUUCUAAUCGACCUCCUCUCAAAACAUCCAACUCAACAGCUUCUUCCAAAUCCAACCUCUACAAUCAGAAUACUAACAACAAGGCGGUCCGAAACAAUCUGAGUUUAAGUAACAAAAGUUUAGUAAGGAAUGAUGGCGGCCGUUUCAGUAUGAGAGUUGAAAAAACAACAAAAACAGCACCAACUCCAACUCCAUCGAGUGACAAGAUAGCUGCAAGUAAUGCUUGGCAGAGAAGAAAGAAUUAUGAUCCUAGGCUUAGUGCUGGCAUGAUCCGAGGUGGAGCCACCAGCAGUCGAGGCGGUAUUUGCGGUAGCGGCAGCGGUGCAGUGAGGAGCCGUUCAAUGUCGGCUAGAAGGAAAGAUGAUGACUAUGAAAGAAAUAUUUGCGAUGAUGAUGAGGAGGGGGAAACUGUUGCUAGCAAACAAUCCAAUCUGCAAAACAACAGAAAUGUUUCCAACGCACCUACAAGAUUCAGUCGCAGCAGCAACAACGGCAGCAGUAACAGCAAGAGUGCGAGAGUGGCCAUGACGAAAACCCAGCAGAUGAGCAGAAGCAAGAUUGCUCAGAUGAGCCAUGCUGUUGCUGACAACUUGAAUGUCCUGAUGAGGAAUGAGGGAUUGGAUACACCUCAAGCUCUGAAACAACUGCCCUCAUUCACUCACGAAUCACCAUCAUCUGCCUUCUCAUCACACAACAUCACCAAAAGACGCACAUCUUCAGAAGAUGCACCACUUUCUGAUUUUUCGAGUUCGUAUGAUACAGUGCUCGUUGAUUCCAUUCAACAAGUUUCUAAGAAAGUCAAGUCUCUGGCUGAUGUCCUCAUUGGCAAGAUGAAAGAUGAUGAUGAUGAUGUUUCGGAAGGCGACGACAGCGCGACAGCCACCGCCACAACGACAGCAACAACGUCGUCUUCGACACCGGCUGGCAGCAACAAUAAUGGCAGCGUUUCUGUGAGGGGUCAGGUCGGCCAACUAACCCUGGGCCCUUCAUCUCUCUUGCAGAAUGCAAAUCCAGAACUUGCUGCUAUACUAGACAAUCUCAAGAAAACAGAAUUACAUCUCCAGAAAGUACACAAGACACUGUUUCACGUAACGGAAGAUAUGACGUCAUCUGGUCCACUUCCCUUCAGUCCACAGCUCGCUAAGAAAUCUGGAUUCAUACCCAUCGACAAACCACCUAAAUUUUCUGACUGUGAGAAAAGCGGUGUGGGCAAUGGAGCUGGUUCGUCACAUUCGGGAACAUUCACUCGAUCAAGGAAUUCCAGCAACAACAACAUGCCCAGCAAACCAACAAAAUCAUCUCCGCCGCCAUCGUCGUCGAUGACGUCAUUACAUCAUCCUCUCUCAACGACAUCAUCAUCUCUAUUGCAUCACGUCUCGUCGUCGUCAUCAACGUUUAAAUCGCCUCAAACGACUGGAGUAUAUAAGAAGCGCUCGGCAUCUGCUUCAAACAGAAACAAGAAAUCUCCACAGCUAUCAUCGAGGAACAAUCCUUUGAGUGGCGAUGAGUAUUAUUGAUGAGGCUGAUGAUUUUGAUGAGACAUUGAUGAAACAUUGAUAUUGUUGCUAAUAGCUGAAUGGUAGUCAAUUCUAAUGGUAUUAAUUAAAAGUGAAACAAAAAAAUUGCAACCAUGCCAAAAUCGGUGUCGUCGUCGUCUGUCUAGUUAGGAAGUGCAACUUGUUCCGUCGGGUUUUCUUUGACGCUUGUGUGAUACGAUGCAUAUGCUUCUAUCUAUCUGUCGUGCUGACUCGUGUAUCCUAUUUCUUCACUUUCUAAAUUUACUUCAACACUUUUUCAACUUUUCAUUCGUAAAAUUAAUUAUUUCGUUCAUUUUUAUUUGAUUUUUAAAAUUCAGAUUCAAAAAUUUGUUUUACAUUACAGAAUUUGUUCAUAUAUUUACUAUUUUAAAUUAUAUAUAUAUAUAUAUGCAUGUGUGUGUAUAAUCUUUGCAUACAGUCAAUUGUUAUUAGUCACAAUGGUAUUUUUCGUUAAUUUCUGAAUAAUUUAAUAUAUCUUUCAGCUAUUUUUUGUAACAUGGUUCAAUUAUAUUUCAUAAUCCAUUCUUCUCUAUUUCUCAAAAUUAUAUUAUUAAUAAAUUUGUUAUUUUAAAAAGAGCUCUUUUCAUAGCAACAUAACAUACUCCAUUAACAUACUCCAUCAUUCAAUCUACCAGCCCAUCAGGUAGACGAACACAUCAGCCAACAACUUAUUUCUAAAUUUUCAAUUCUAGUGCAUUAUUACAUUAUAUUUCAAUAUAUAUUCCCUGUUACAAAAGGUUACUUACCAUAUUAUUACGCUAAAAUAUUGAAAUUUUCAAUUUAUGCUUAAUAAAUAAAUCUUAA